GGUUCCCUCUCUUUAUUUGUUGGCAAUCAACAGCAGCAGCGCCUGGAGCACAUGGAGGAGAAGCUGCGGCUGAUGACACAGUCCCGUGAUGAGGCUCAGAAUUACUGCUUGCAGCAGAAGCAAGCGGCGGCAGAAGCACACGCUAAGGAGGGCCAGCUGAGUCUGCAGGUGGAAGGACUCAAGAGGCGACUUGAAGAGCUUCAGCGGGAGCUGAGCAGUAAGGAACAAGAGAAAGUUUCCGAGGUCAAUAAAGUGCGCGUGGAGCUGCAGGAGCAGAUUGGUCACCUGGAGGCUGAGAGAACAGCACAAGAAGGGCUGCGAGAGAAGAUUGCAGCCCUUGAGCGCCAGCUGAAAGUGUUGUCCAGUAACCACCGGGAGGCACUAUUGGACAAAGAGGGUGAAAUCUCCAGCCUGCUUGAGAAAUUACGGGUUCGCGAAGCAGAAAUCUCCAGGAUAAGGGAGGAGGAAGCUCAGCGGGCCAGUUUUCUUCAAAAUGCCAUCCUGGCCUAUGUGCAAGGUUCCCCACUUGGCUCUCUUAGCCCCAAGAAGUGAAACUGAGUUCAGCAGUUCAUAAGUCCCAUCGUCAAGGAAAGGGAUCACAGGAGGAUCGUGGUGGCCAGGCCAGGGUUCUGAUGCUGCUUGAAAAUCCAAGAAACUGCAUGGCCAAUUAUCUGGGACUAAGUGUGAAGGGUCACUGAAGGACUCAUGUUUGCUGUAGAAACCAUCUUAAUUUCUGUGCUAAAAUCUUGUUCAACCAUGGCAACAAGCAUAGUCUUCGAGAUAAAGCCAUCCAUUCCCAUUUGUAGUCCACAAGCAAUGUAUAUUCACACAAGUUUUUCCUCGCUGAUUUUGGCCUCAAAUACACACCAUUUCUGUGACAUGAUUGCUGUUGGAAAAAAUAGCGCUUUGAUGUGACUGACUCUUAAUUGCAUCAGGAACAAUAGUGAAAGGAACAAUUAUUUAAAUCAAGCCAAAUCAUGUAGAUAUUUCCUACACCCAUUUUUCUGCUCUGCAGAAAGAACUAUAGCAUUCUAAAUAAUCUCAAAAGGAGUAACGUUCAUCUAGAGUUGUUUGGGAUUGUCCUGAUCCAGUCGAACAUAGAAUUUGUUUUCCAUGCCUUAUCAAUAUAAUAUCACUGUUACUCUAGUUUUCUAAGGAACUUUUUUUUAUCAUAAGCCUCAGCCAUUAGUACCUGAUUUCUCUGGACUUAAAGAUGAAACAGAGUAUCUUAAUAGGGGUGGGGUUUGACUUAUCCAUGGAACCUUUUAAGUGAGGAGAAGAGACAGCUCCCAUCACUGAUGACAACAUUUGAAACGAAUGAAACGAAACUCAGGAGAGUGGAAAUCCUUUUCAGUAGGGAGAAGAAGCAUAAAGAACUUUUAACAUGGAGGGCUGUGGGGAAGACCUGUCUGUUGAUCAGUUACACGACAAAUGCCUUCCCUGGAGAAUACAUCCCCACUGUAUUUGAUAACUAUUCUGCCAAUGUCAUGGUAGAUGGAAAGCCAGUAAAUCUGGGCCUUUGGGACACAGCAGGACAAGAAGACUAUGACCGAUUGCGACCUCUUUCCUAUCCCCAGACGGAUGUUUUCCUAAUCUGCUUCUCACUGGUGAGCCCUGCAUCCUUUGAAAAUGUCCGCGCCAAGUGGUACCCAGAAGUCCGACAUCAUUGCCCUAACACACCAAUCAUCUUGGUGGGCACCAAGCUAGAUCUGAGAGAUGACAAGGACACCAUAGAACGGCUGCGUGAUAAGAAAUUGGCUCCCAUUACCUAUCCCCAAGGUCUAGCCAUGGCCAGGGAGAUUGGUUCAGUGAAGUAUCUAGAAUGCUCUGCCCUUACCCAGAGAGGCCUCAAGACUGUCUUUGAUGAAGCCAUCCGUGCUGUGCUCUGUCCUCCACCUGUGAAGAAGCCUGGCAAGAAAUGCACUGUGUUCUAGAGCAUUGCUGAGUUCCAUGUGUUAUGGAUGACUCCUCCUAGUGUCUGAGGAGGAAGAGUUUGUUGGGUGUUCCCACAAGGGGAAUGGCGGGGUCCCUCAUCAUGUAUGAAGUCAGUGUUUUUUAAAUGUCUCUUUAAUUUAACGUGUUGAUGUAAAAGGGCCGCAUGAGAAAAAGAGGAGCUCGGUGCUGUCCCACCCCCAAGGCGGAGCCAAGCAACAAACAUGCUCUCCAUGACUCUCUGCUAGGACAUAAUUCAUGAAUGAAAGGAACAGCCUUUUCUUACUACUACUCUUGGUGCUAGAGCAUUGUGGUGGGAGUAUAUAAUUAACCCCAGGUGCGGCAGGAAAGACAAAUGAGACACAGGUUGAAGAACAAGCCAUUUGUGCUUUAUGAAGUGGGACACUAGCUAAGCAAUGGUCAGGGCCACUCUUGUGCUAUUCAAAGCUAUCAUUGCCUUUCAGGCCAUCAGCCUAUAAGCUGCUCCUGAGUGGUUCGACUGAUCAUCAAAUUCCCCUAAAGAUGGGGAAGAGGAAGGUCUCUUUACCUUGUCCAGCCUCUGCAGAAGAGGGCCACCUAAGAGGAAUCUUUCUGUAGGAUUGAAAAAGAUGCAGGAAGGAUGACAACUGACUCCUUUUGUCAGGGAUAAUGGACCGGGGGUUGGGGUAGAGAGAGCUUUGAGGGAUUUGGAUGGAGACGGGUCCAGUUUUUAAUCAUCGUGUAGAGUGAUGAGCUGAACACCUCUUAUUUUAUACAAUAAACAUUUC